UUGACAUCGCGUCCCGGCGCGGCGCUGGGCCGUAUCUCGGUGGGCGGAGAGAGGAGGCGCCGACUCCAGCGAGAAGCUCGGAUUCGAGACCCGUUUUUGCCAACUCUUCGCACGGUUUGCCGCUUAUAACCUUGACAAAAGGAGCCCAGAGAGUCCGCGGGGUACAGUGGGAGCCAUGGCCAGUGUGUACGGAUGGCCAAUGAACGCGCUCAACCCAGUCCAACCAGCGAACCCCUUCAUCGAGAUCAUCGAGCAGCCCAAGCAGCGCGGGAUGCGGUUCCGGUACAAGUGCGAGGGGCGCUCCGCGGGCAGCAUACCUGGGGAAAAAAGCAACGACACCACCAAGACCCACCCGGCCAUUAAGGUGCACAACUACAGCGGCCCCCUGCGUGUUCGGAUCUCGCUGGUGACAAAAAACACGCCGUACAAGCCUCAUCCGCACGAGCUGGUCGGAAAAGACUGCAAGCACGGCUACUAUGAGGCCGACCUGCAGGAGAGGCGGAUACACAGUUUUCAGAACUUGGGCAUUCAGUGUGUGAAGAAGAAGGAUGUGAUUGAGGCCAUCACAUGUCGGCUGCAGACUAACAACAACCCUUUCAACAUUCACGAGGCCAAGGUGUGGGAGGAGGAAUUUGACCUGAAUUCGGUGCGGCUCUGCUUCCAGGCCUCCAUCACGCUGCCUUCGGGGGACCUGUUCCCCCUGGAGCCCGUCGUCUCGCAGCCCAUCUUUGACAACAGGGCUCCAAACACAGCGGAGCUGAAGAUCUGCAGAGUGAACCGCAACUCGGGCAGCUGCAAAGGCGGCGACGAAAUCUUUCUACUCUGCGACAAAGUCCAAAAAGAGGACAUCGAGGUGCGCUUCUUCCAGGACUCCUGGGAGGGCAAGGGAACGUUCUCGCAGGCCGACGUCCACAGACAGGUGGCCAUCGUGUUCCGCACGCCGCCCUACCGCGACGCCAACCUCAGCGAGCCCGUCCGCGUCAAGGUGCAGCUGCGCCGGCCCUCGGACCGCGAGGUCAGCGAGCCCAUGGACUUCCAGUACCUGCCCGCCGACCGGGACGAAUACCGGUGGAAUGAGAAGCGCAAGCGCACCAGCGAUAUGUUCCAGAGUCUGAAACUGGGAUCUCUGCUGUCUACAAGGUCAAUUCCGCCACCCGAUCGCCGACACUUCGGCCUCGCCAGGAGGACGGCCCCAACCAAACCCCCGCCGAUGAUGGCGCCAGCUUUUCCACCUGCUGCCAGCGGGGCCAAGGCGCAGCCCUCCUUCACUCACAUGCAGCCCAGCCAGAUGUUGUCGGGCCAGUCCAAGGCGGAGUCCUCCCCCUGCUCCUUCUCCUCCUCCCCAUCUUCCAAUUCCGUCGCAGCCACGAGUCAGACGUGGAAGAUCAUGCAGAGCUUGAACCUGGGACCGCAGCCCCAAGCCAUCCGGGUUUCGAGUUGCUCCACCAACCACCCGCCCGUUUCCAGCCAGGACUACCCCACCGUCAACCUGUCGGAUCUUCAGGAAUUCUUCCCCAGCAUCGGCUCGGUCGUCACCCAAGAGCCCCCGGCCUCGCAGGGGAGCGCCGCCCCCUCGCAGUCCUCCAGCUUCUUCACCUUACUGGGCUCUCAGUUCCCAGCGGACGCCAGCACGGUGGAGGAGGGCAUUCCGCAGUUCCCCAGUUUUUCGGAAGCCCAGGCCUCAGGAACCCUGGACAGCCUCGACAUGGACGACUUUGUGGACCUCCUGAAUCCGCCGGACGAGAGCGGCAACGGCCAGCAGGCCGGCCACUCGGCGGCGGCGACGGGCGCAGCGCAGAACGCUUCGGACCCGGCCGGCAACCCGGGAAGCACCUGGAUGAAUUAUCCCAACAGCAUCGUCAACCUGCUCCAGAACGAGAGCAUGAUGGACGUCUUGACCAACAACGGCAACAACCCGCAGCGGCCCGCCGUGCUGGACGAGUUUGACGACUUGAUUUCCGUGGAUGAGGAUCAUCUCAUUUCCAUUUUUAACAGCGCAAGCCAGGCCGGUUUUGUUUCGGGACACCCCACUUAAAAAAAGUUCAUUGAAGAGCGCCGCUCACAUCCGACACGUCUGGAACGCCCUUUUCAGCAUUUAUUCCACGUCCAUUUCCCGAGAUGCUCUUUGUCCUCACUCGCUCAGACAAUUCAGGGCACUUGACACAACGACGCGUCUUGCCAGUAACAUGAUUUCCACGACUGCACGCCCCUCAAUCUGGCUAUCUAGGAUAAGAUCCGUGCACUAGUGACAAAAAACAACAAAAACAUUUUUAAAAAGCCAAACCGUUUGAGCAUUUCUUUGAAAUCCAGCUUUAAGUCCAUGUGCUAGCUCGUUGCUAACCACGCGCUACUUCAAGCCCUAACCUUCAUUUGUGGCGCGAUAAUCUUGCAUUUCCUUGGUUCAGCCCUUAAAACGAGUGAUGCACUUCUCGUCGUUUUACCAGUACAGAAAUGUCAUCCGGUCAGGGGGGUCGGGGGGGGGGGGCGUUACUGCAGUUCCAUCUUGGUUCUCCUUGCACUGCAUUGUAUGACAAUGAGGACAAAGAGCCUAGCAGGUACUCGUACCUGGACCUAGAGCUGGAUUUUUCUGCUAUUGAACAAAUGCUCAAAUGGAUUUCCAUCAAGGUUGUUGAAGUUUUAUCACGUGUUCACCGUUUUGUUUUUUGUUUUUUUUUCCCCCGACGACAGCAGGUCUUCUUUUCUGACUCGGAUUGCAAACAGACUUGAAGGUAAGUCUGUGCAGCGGUGUCUUCAAAGAGUCUGUCACCUUUUGUUACAAUAGUGGACCAAUGUCUUUUUUUUUUUUUUAACAUCUCGCCAAAUGGUAGUCAUGUGCUCAGAACCAAAUGAAGGGUCUACUUGUAAAUAACACGGGCAACGUUCACGUCUGCUUGCAUCGCAAUGAACUGUGAAAAGGUGUCAUGCCUCCUCUUCCUCUUCCUCCUCCUCCUCGUUUGUGUCAUUUAUUGCCGUUUCCCCGCAACCUUUGAGCCCAGGCAGCCAUUUUACAUUUGGA